UAUUGGAUUUAUUUAGUCUUAAUUAAUCGUCCAGCCACAUUAUUAAAACUAUUUAUUUAUUUAACGUGCAGUUCAUGUGCAAAUAUGAAGACUUUUGUCUUUUUAACGUUUUGCGUGUGUGUUGAUAAUUUUUUUGAAUAGUUUAGUUUGAAUAGUGUGCAGAAUAGUUAUUUAAGAGAAACCUAAUUCAAUAGCGUUUUUUUUUUUUAACUCUUAAAACCUUAUAAAAACUGUUUGGAUGUUAAAAUAGUAAUUCAACCUAAAUGAAUUCGAUAUGUUUUAUGGCUUUUUUUAUUUGAUAUGACCUGCCUCUACUGAACAAAGACUAUAAAUGAGCUUGUUGUGUUGUAAAAAUCGAACUGACUGUCUUUCCCUCUUUCUGAAAUCCAUCUCUCCAUUCAUUUCCCUCAGUUUCCCAUUAGGUGAUAAAGAUCGGCUUCAGCAGUGGCUGGUGAACAUCAGACGUGACCAUUUCAAGCCGUCUCCAUCGUCUCGCAUAUGUUCCCACCACUUUAAAGACAGCUGCUUCUUCACAAACAAUAAAGGUCAAGUGUGCCUUGCUAAAACGGCUGUCCCUACCAUAUUUUUCAUCUCUGGCCCCUUUCAGAAGCAGCCACGGCGCACCCAAGUAAGGCAGAGGAACGUGGAAAGUCAUGAAUUUCAUACAUACUGUCUUAAAAGGGAUGACAGGAGGACGUAUGUGGAGGAGGAAGUUGUUUUGGAUGAGUUUGUGAAAGAGGAAGAUCCAGACAUGACUGAAACUAGUGGGACCCCAGUGAUUUACCCCACUGAAAUAUGCGUCAUUGCAGUUAGACAUGAUCAUUGCUACUGUUCUUGGUCUUCAAACACAGCUUGUAGUUCCAUGGAGGACAGCAGCUCAACGACAGACAUGCAGGAGACCGAAUCACCAGAGAUGUUGAAGUACAAUUUGAACUUAGUCCUGAGAAAGAUCAAGGCUUGCAGAAAAAAGAUGAAACUGAAGAAUGCUACGAUUAGAAGGUUAAAAAGAAAAUUGACUUCACUGUCUUCCAUCAUUUCGGAGCUGAAAGCAAAAGAUCUCAUAGAGACAAAAAACAUGUUACCCUCAGGCAAAGCAAGUUCUGAAAGGAUCUAAACCAUGGGCUCCAGCUCAAACCGAAGAGUCGAGAGCUGUAAAAUAAUUACUCCUGUCUUCCUCUCUUCACGAAGUGCUGGAUCCUGGACUCCAAACUCUCACAGCGCGGCCGGUCCAGAAAAGGCUG